UUUUUUCUUUUAUAUUUACUUGUUACUAACCUGAUUAAAUAGAGCGGGGUUAAGCUAUUUUUUUCUCGUGUCCUAUUCCUAUAUGUUCAUACAAAUGUAUGUGUGUGCACACAUCUUCAUACGCAUGUGUGUUGGUAUAAUUUUGGAUACAUGAAAAUAGUUUGACUAAUUUGCGCGAUUACACCUGGAAGUAACUUUAAUCAUGGAAGAGUUGUGCGGUAGCAAUUCAUCAAUAUCAGCCAAGACAGCUUUGAGCGAGUGCUCAGCCGCUUGGAUCAAUUACUUGAGCGCUCUGAACAGUCUAUGCACAUCUGGAUCCAAGUUAGCACAUUCCAUAGCAGUCUUGGAACAGUGGUCAUUAAAUGAAAAGCCGUUGUUCAACAACUAUACUACAUCUUAUUUAACAAAUUCAUGGAAUGAUCUGGCAAGGGCCACAACUGUGGCAACAGGUACUGUCAAAACUCAUAUGUUGGCCAUUCUACAGGAUUUUGUUACCAUACCUUCCGUGGAUCAAUCUGCUCCUGCAAUGAAUACCGAGCUGGAACAAAAACGACUCAGAGAGCAUAAUGAGCUUAUCGUUCUGGAAAAUGCACAAUCAGUAAUCAACAUUCAGCAUCAGUUUUGUGCAGCUAGCUAUGAUGCGUUUUCAUCACUUACAUGCUGUUUCGUUUGCCAAUCCCCAGUCGGGUUUCCACAUGAGCAAGACUGUAGCGUUAUCAAGCAACGCUCUCAAUACGAUCAACGGUCACAAACCCCAUCGCCAAACUUGUGCGUCUCAAAUGUAAAAUCUGAUUCGUUGAAAGGAAAUUCCUUAACCGAUCAGCGCCCUAUUGCAAUUGGAAUUACGGAAUCAGUGGAACAACAGCGCUGUCCAUCGCCGCUACUAACGUAUCAUGACCCAAAUCCAAUGCAAGCUAUUUUUGAACACACACGUGGUCCGUUGCCAAACCCAGGACACUUGCUUUCGAUGAAGACCCCAUUCCACCGGAAUGUAAAAUCAUCUCUAAGUUUUCCGUUGUUUCCUUUAAAUGGUCAGCGCCGUUGGUCAGAAGCUGCUGCAGGUGAAGUUAUAGAUGGAAACUCUACGGAUCCUGAAAGCCAGAUGAGGAGAUGGUCCAUGCCAUGGGAAGCAACAAAGUCUGACACCAACACAGUGACAUGGAACCAAACCAGAAUAAUGCCAAUGAAUACUUUAAAGACCGCUUCUUAUAAAAUGUCCAGCUCUGACCGAUACACUUCUCAUAAUUCUGAUGGAAACUGCCCUUUGCCAUCGAGCAGUCAGGAUGGUCUACUUGAAGCUAUUCAGUUACUCUCAAUAAAACCAACCACAAUGAAUCAAAUAAAUCCUCAUACUUCUAUUCCGCCCACCUCCCCGGAUGGUGGCAUAGACUAACUGUAAACUUGGAUAAACUAUUCGUUUUUUUUGUCCUUUUUACUUCCUUUUUAAAUGCUGUCAGAAAGUCACUAUACACAACUGAGCCCUAAGUCGUGCCGUUCUUUCUAUCUACAACAUCAACAUACGCACUCACAGAAGUCCAUUCCCACAAGUGUGUAAUGAUUGAAACUUGUAGUUCCAAUAGUCUGAAGUUCUAACAUGGUCAUGGCAUAACUUUACAAUGCACUAUCCCUACGAAGAUUGGUCCGGGUCCGGGUAUACAAGUACUUUUAAAGAUGAUUUACACUGCAAACGAGAGUUUUCAAUCUAUAGUAUGUUAAUCUACUAGUAAAAGAUUUUAUUUGUGCUUGUAUAAUGCCAUUCAUUAUAAGUAGGUAAAUCUUACACACUUAAUGUUAUGUAAAUUUUCGGUUUUAAAAUUUAAAUUAUGACACUAGUGAGAUUUUCUAUUUCUUAUUCCUACGAACACUUAUAGUUAAAAUACCAUAAUAUGAUCUUUCGUUCUCUUUUUUUAAUUAUGUAUACACAUACGCGCACAUAUUUUUCACACAAACAUGCAUAUUUAUGUGUGCAUAUGGGUUUUUGUUUUGUUUUGUUACAAAUAUUUAUAUUAAUUAUAAGGUUAUCCGUAGUUCACUAUUCGGUGUUCACUAGUAGGGGGGAUUUCUAUCAUACAUUUUUCCGUAUUAUGUU